AUGACCUCACAACUUGGUGAAUUGGUGGAAUUUCUACAUUCUCCACAACCUGCCGUAAGACAAAUUGCUAUUGAUAAUCUGGUUGGAUUUAGUGCUGGUCCCACUUCAAAAUAUUUUAAAAAUGACAGCUAUAGGCCUGUCAAAGACAUAAUAAAAAUGAUUAUGGACACAGAACAUGGUACCCGUGUCAUCAUUCAACAAGGUAUUACUAUAUUGGUUAAUUUAUCUGAAGAUACUAUGGUAAGAAGUAUUAUACUGAAUGAUGAUAAGAAAUUCUUAAAGUUCUUGGUUUGGAAAAUUGUUGAUUUAAACAAUCCUAAUGCUGAUAUAAUGUGCAUCUUAUUGAGUAACUUAGCCAAGAAUGAUGAUAUACUUGCCAUUUUGAAUAUUGAGAGAAACUCUAGCGGUGUGGAAGUCGAUGAUGACUUGAAGCUAGCAGCUUUAGAUGAAAACGUGUUUAAGAGCCUAAAAGCCAUGGAUUGUUUAAUGGAUUGUUUUGUCAAAGGCUAUGAUAAAAAGUUAACAAAAUAUGCCAAUUUCAAUUAUUUAGCCUUUUUUUUUGCUGAUAUCUCGAGAUUUAGAUUGGGUAGGAUGUAUUUUAUUGAAGAACAGGAGUACGAUGGGGUAGUUCCAAUUUCCAAACUUCUCGUAUUUACUGAAAAAUAUGACGCAAAGAUUAGAAGAGAGGGUGUUGCUUCUACUAUUAAAAAUUCCCUUUUCGAUUCUGAAACUCAUGAAAGACUGCUCAACGAUGAGAAAAUUAAUUUAUUGCCUUACAUUUUGUUACCUAUUGCUAGUGCAAAGGAUUCUGAAAUUGAUGAGGAAGACAUGUUUAAUUUGCCUGAUGAACUACAAUUACUACCAGAAGAAAAGGAAAGGGAUCCAAUUCCUGCCAUAAUAUGCUGUCAUUUAGAAAGUAUACUUCUACUAUGUACGACACAUGCCGGUAGAGAGUAUUUAAGAAACAAGUCUGUUUAUCCGUUAGUUAGAGAGUUGCAUAAAAACGUUGAGAAUGAAGAUAUUGGUGAAUUAUGUUACAGGAUUGUUAAUAUGUUAAUGAGAGGGGAGCCUGGUACGGGAACGGUAGAAGAAAUGCCAUCGAAGAACGCCGAAGAAGAAGAAGAAGAAGAAGAAGAAGAAGAAGAAGAAGACGACGACGACGACGACGACGAAGAAGACGAAAUUGUUGAAGUGGCUUAG